CAUCCUCCUCUCUCUUUCACCACAGGCAACCCUGAUCGUGUGUGUGUGUGUGUCUGUAUAUAUACAUGCAUACCAACCUUCAUCUUGUGUAGUUAAUCCUCUCUCCAUCCCCAUUUCUCGACCAUGGCUGGAAUCGCCUUCGGCCGCUUCGAUGACUCUUUCAGUGUCGGCUCACUGAAGGCCUACCUCGCCGAGUUCAUCUCCACUCUCCUCUUCGUCUUCGCUGGCGUCGGAUCAGCUAUAGCUUACAACAAGUUGACGUCGAGCGCAGCUCUGGAUCCUGCGGGGCUCGUCGCUAUCGCCGUCUGCCAUGGGUUUGCGCUCUUCGUGGCGGUAUCGGUGGGCUUCAACAUCUCCGGCGGCCACGUGAAUCCGGCGGUCACCUUCGGGUUGGCUCUUGGAGGGCAGAUCACCAUCCUCACUGGCAUCUUAUACUGGAUCGCCCAGCUGCUUGGAGCUGUUGUCGGAGCUUUCCUCCUCAAGUUCUCAACCGGACUGGACACCCCCACCCAUGGACUGGGAGCAGGAGUGGGAGCAGGAGAAGGGGUGGUGAUGGAGAUCAUCAUCACCUUCGCCCUGGUGUACACGGUGUACGCGACGGCAGCCGACCCGAAGAAGGGCUCCCUCGGCACCAUCGCCCCGAUCGCCAUCGGCUUCAUCGUCGGCGCCAACAUCCUCGCAGCCGGCCCCUUCUCCGGCGGGUCGAUGAACCCGGCUCGCUCCUUCGGGCCCGCCGUCGCUAGCGGGGACUUCUCCGACCUCUGGAUCUACUUUGUCGGCCCCCUGAUAGGCGGCGGCCUCGCAGGGUUGGUGUACACCUACGCCUACUUGUUACACGACCACCAGCCACUUCCGCAGUGACUCGUAAGCCCUGCAGAAUAAGAGUGAACAGUGUCGUCUUGUUGCGAUGGUGUGACUUGCUUUGUAUCUUUGAAGUUUGAUGCUCAUUUCCUUGUGUAUUGCAUCGAGUCUUUUUAGUAUCUCCACUGUUUUCUUCUUUGAAGUCAAUGUUUUAUCAAGUAGGUUUGCAUGUUCUUCA